AGCUUGAAAAAGGUUGAUUUAAAGAAGUCUUCGUAAGGCUUUCCUCUGGGCAAAUUCAAUUCUCUUCAAAUCAAAUCCUCGUAGUUAUUAUUUCAAUACAUACCACAAAAAAAGAACAAUCCAUCAAAUCUGCCUCACACAAUGUCGGAAAUACUGUCAAUUGAGACAGAGGUUAUACGACCACAGACACCUGAGGACCGUUCAACUUAUACAGAGUCUAAGAAUCCCUCGGACUCGAUGGUGUUGUUCAAUGUGGAUGAUAGUGCUUGGUUGAGCAUUCCAAGGAAAGGGAAUUUUGAAUUCAAAAUCUUUGCAAGAAAGCAAGAGAAGGGAAAAUUCGUGUAUCAAGUCAAGGACCCCAAAACUGGGGUUCUGUACAAGGAAGGUGAAUGGGUUAAACAGGAAAGGCUCAGUUCAGCUUGA